UUUGAAGGUCUCAAAUUCUUUCUUAAUAGGGAGGUGCCAAGAGAGUCACUUGCCUUUGUAAUAAGUUGUUUUGGUGGGCUGGUUUCUUUGGGACCAGUCUUUGUGCAUUGGUGCUACAUAUGAAGUUACAGAUGAAACUAUCACCCAUCAAAUAGUAGACAGACCUAGUGUUGAUAAGCAGUAUUUGAACAGAUAUUAUAUCCAGCCUCAGUGGAUAUAUGACUCUGUCAAUGCUAGACUCCGUCUCCCAGUGGAAGACUAUUUUUUGGGUGUAACACUGCCCCCCUCAUCUGUCUCCAUUUGUGGAAGAAAAAGAAGGAGAUUACAUACCUCCCGAAAAACUGAAAAUAAUGGCCUUGCAAAGGGGAGAGAAUCCAGAUGAACUAAACAAAGAUGACAAUGAUGAUGAAUCCAGUUCUGAAGAGGAAGCUAUAGACACAGGUGGCGAUGAAGCACAGGAGGAGAAUCUUAGACAACCUGUACAUAAAAAAGUGAAUGUCAAGAAACUUCCAGUCAAAGUAACUGCUGGAAAAAUCCGUGUACAGAAGGUGAAUGUAAAUCAGGAAAAAGCUGAGGAGAAGCGUUUAGCUAUCAUGAUGAUGAAAAAGAGGGAAAAAUAUCUCUAUGAUAAGAUCAUGUUUGGGAAGAAAAGAAAAGUCCGUGAGGUGAACAAACUUGCAGCCAAAAGAAAAGCUCAUGAGGAAACCAUGAAGGCAAUUAAAAAAAAAGAAAAAGAAAUCCCACCCACAUCCCACAUUCGGUAUAACUGGGAUGUCAGGCUGCUAUUUUAAGGUCUGAUCCCAACAAGAGUCAAGACUUUGAAGGAUUUGAAGAAGACACUUAGGGCCACUUUAUUAUAUGCGAGGGAUUUGAAUACGAAUUUAAUUGAACUAUUCUAACUGUAAGUACAUGAAUAAAAAUGUUUUUGGAGUUUUAAUUUUGGCUUACUAAAAUUCUUCAAAGAUUAAAAUGUUGAAAGUCU